CUGCCCUAAUUAUCAGAACCACCUCGAGUGAACGCUAUAAUAAAGACAACAACUCCCACAACUCUUUGCGCACAUCGGUGACGUGGCCAGCGUUAACCAACAGACCGGGGAGAUUUGAACUUCAUUUGGGAUCCCGUAAUUUUACAUCACGAUGUCCGGGAAAAUCAAAAGCAAGAGUGCUGCAAAUGCCGACUCAAUAUCUGGCAGUGUGUCCUGCGGCGAGCGCAUCUUACGGGACUGCCACCAGAUGUACAUCGAUCCGGAUAGCGGACUAAUAACAAUCGCUCAGACUGUUGGGGUGACCUUGCUGCCUCCCCGGAAAAAGAUAACUGUGAUGUUAAUGGGGAACCACUCAGCUGGAAAGAGCAGCUUUAUCAAUUGGUAUGUGGAGGAGCAUAUCCAAAGAACAGGGGUCGCUAUAGAGACACAGGGCUUCAGCUUUGUUACAAGUGGGCGAAAGAGGGAAUCGCUCACGGGAAAUGCAACGCUCCAUCUCUAUCCCCAUUUCAAACCACUGCAGGAGUUUAAAGGGCUGUCAGAAUACCUCGGCACUGAGAUUUGUACUUCACGACAGAAACGUUUCAGUUUGGUGACCUUUGUUGACACUCCUGGUCUGGUGGAUGGGGAUAUGAAGUACCCCUUUGAUGUGGACCAAGCUAUUCUGUGGCUCGGUGAGCUCUGUGAUCUGAUCCUGGUCUUCUUUGACCCAAUGGGACAGGCUUUAUGCAAGCGCACACUCAACAUUGUAGAGAAACUUAAUGAGAAGCAAGGGGACCGUCUCCGUUUUUAUCUCAGUAAAGCGGAUGAGGCUGGAGGAGAGUCUGAUCGACAAAGAGUUAUGAUGCAGAUUGUGCAGGAGCUUUGCAAGCGUCCAGGACUCAACAAGUGUGGCUUCGACAUGCCCACCAUCUAUGUUCCCAACCCUAAUAAGCCCAGUCGAUGUGUCAAUCAGAUUGAGGAGGUGUGUCGGACUAUAGAGAAGACCAUUAACCAGACUGUGCAGAACACGCUUAACUCACUGGAGAAGGACUGCAAGCUCAUCACUGAGGCCAUCACUGAGACACUUCAUAAUGACAGGCAGUGCAGUAUAGAGAACCGUCGAUCACGUUUCAAGGGCUGUUUGUUGGGCAUGCUGGGUUUCACUGUGCCCCUGCUGCUGCUCGUUACCCUGGUGCUUGGCAGCCUUUCAAUCACUGAGGAAUGA